UUUACGAAUUAGAGUUAAAAGAGUGAUGCAAAUUUCAAAUUCUGUAUUUAUUCUUUUCGGGAACCCAACGGUCGUGAACGCGAUUUUCUAGUUUCCAAAUUUAAGAGCGUUUCUGCGGCAGGGUCAUUAGAGGAAGAACGCGAUGGAGAAAGAGUCAUCAGUGGAAGGAACUCCACUUCGACCCAUAUUUUGUCUCAAAAGAAAGAUGGACAUGAAGCCAUUUGACGACGUUUAUGACUGUUUCAUCCUUGAUUUUGAUAACUCCGAGUGUAUUUCCGACCUAUCUCUUUGCUUUGACGAUGAUCUAUCUGUUAUUGCAGAAAGGGCAAGGGUGGCAUGCAGAGAUUACCCACAUGCAAGGCAUCUUUGUCUCAACUACCCAUUUGACACAACACCACAUGAGAACUUCUGUCAACUGUGCUACUGCUAUGUCUGUGAUUCGGCUGCUCCUUGCAAGUAUUGGAAAGAUUCAAAGUCAGCGCAUUGCCAUGCCUCAGAGAGCAUUAUUUGGAAGGCACAAAGGAAAUUGGGCAGAAAGCAGCGUCCGCUUGGCAACUGAACAGUAUUCUAACUGCAUUGCCCAUUCUUAUCUUUUUUGGUUCACAACAUUUUGCACCUGCAAUAGUAUAUGAAACAGGCAGGGGUCAUCAGCUGGUGCUAGUUAUUUAUUGUGCUAUCAGUUAGUCGAAUUCAUGCUCUGAAUUUGAGAUUUUGGUAGUAGAGAUAGGUGGGAUGUUAUCUGCUACUGGGUUUUGCAUAUAAGGAAUGCCAACGUUUUUGCA